CUCAGAGAAGAGAGAGGGGUGAAAAUGGAGCACAACCAAGCUGUGGAUGGACUUCUAAACCUGUUCUCCAAAGCCAAUCGCGACCUUUCCGCAGUGCAGAACAAGCUCCACAAAGAGUUCCAGCAAGUUUACCCCGAUCACGCAAAUCCGAUGAAGCUGGUGGAAAGGCUGAAAAAGAUAGAAGAAGAAAUGUCGUCACUGAAAGACGAAUGCCGCGAGCUUCUUGCUGCGAAACAGGAUCUAAUAGAUAAAGCUAGAACUGUCUUAGUGGGGAAUAGGACAUUGCUGCAUAAGUUACAAAGCUCCACUGGUGUUCCUCUCACCAAAGAUGCAGAUGAUGAUGCUUAUGAGAGCUUCAAUCAGGUUAUCAAUGAGUGGGCAGUUCAAGUCAAAUCUAGAAAAGAGGAGGAGGCAGCGCCGGACUCCGGCGAUAUAAACCAAAUGUUGUUUUCUGCAAUUGUCCAAAGCAACUGAGUGAUUCUUAUUUCUCAACCAUUAACGGUAAACAUUUCAUGUGAAAAUUUGAAUUUGUUCAAUGCAAAGUCAUUGCUUAUGUAAAUUUUUUUCAUGUUUUCACACUUAAUUCUAGUUUUCAUAACCAGUUUUCAUAUGAUUAUGUUUUUUGAGAGUCGUCACAUUACCAACUUCAGCUUGACCUUGAGUAUAGUGUCAAAUUAAAAUAACAUCUUUAUAGCGACAUCAAAAUAGUCGUUUCCCUCUCAAUAAGAUCUUUUACGAGAAAAAUCAUUGAGAAAGACCAUAUUCUAUAAACUAUCCCAUUAUACAUAUAUCAAGUUUACAAAAUUUAUAAACUAAAUAGAGGUAACGCAAGAUAUUUUAACAUGAAGCAAUAUUUAAUUUCUCUUUGUUGAACCAUACAAUCACAAAGUCAUUAUUUUUAUUUUCCUUUGAUCCUUCUUUUAGUCCUUUUUCGUCCUAGUAAUAAGUACUAAUUCCUUUAGAUGAUAAAUAAAUGUGUAGGUUGCCAAUCAUUUUCAUGUACUAGUUAGAAAACACCAAGGAGAAAAAUUCCAAAAUAAAUUUCUUGAAGUUUGACUAAUUAAGCUCAACCAAAACUCAAAUUUCCACAACAGUCUUCCAAGUACUCAGACGACAAGUUCUUAACGCGCAAUUCUUACACGGUCCUUUUCCCAUGCAAUAUAUAAUACCCCUAAAAAAACCUAAAGUCAUCUUCAAUAAUCAUUUAUAUCAAUACAAAACACACACACACAUGGAGAAGCAAAGAGAGGCUGGUUUCAUACAAGCGGACGCCGCCACCUUCAAAGAGCUGGUCCAGAGGCUUACCGGGGCGGCUUCGGGUGGCGGAGCCCACAAGCUCCGGCCGAAGGCGGCUGUGCAAUUCAAGCUUCAAGACAGGAGAAAACAGUCGUUGGGCGAUCUCGAGAUCAUCAAAGCUGGCACGAGAUCGGCCGGGAACUCGCCGGCGGUGAAGGGGCCCGUGACUCCGUUCGGGGCGGAAGCCGAGCGAAUUAGGACUGAGUCGCCGUUGUCCGAGGAGGAGAGGGACGUGCCGAUGAAGGCGGCGGCGCCUGUUUUGCUGACUUUGUUCCCGUUGACUCCUUAAAAAACUAGAAAAAUAUUAAUACUAGUAAACUUUUUUUUUUCAUUUGAUGGUUAAGUUAAGUAUGUUGAAUUCUGAAAGUGGUGGCAUUGUACAUAAAAGAUAGGAGUUUGGAAAUUUGAGUGAAUGUUUUGUUGUUUAAAUCUAAAAUGCAAUUAAAUUGGCUUUAUGCUUUUUUGAGGGAA